UGAUGAACAGCCGCGCUCUUUGCCUCUACAUCGCGCUCCUCUACCCGAUUCCCAAAACAUUGACGGAAUACUCAACCAAUACUGACUCCGAGUACGAGUUUGGGGAUUACCGGGGCAAGUGGUGCAUAGACGACCACGGAUUUGUGUAUAGCAUCGGGGAGGUGUACUAUCCCAGUCCAUCUGCUUGUCCGUGCACCUGCACUGAAGACGGACCCGUGUGCAUACGACCAAAGUGUCCUCGCAUUCAUCCUCGAUGUACGCGGAUUAAAUACAAGGCUUGCUGUCCAGUGUGUGAGGCAGUUAGCAAAGUGUGUGUAUAUGGUGGCAAAAUGUACAGAAUACUCGAGGAAUUCAGGUUGUCACGCUGUGAGAGAUGUCGUUGCGAGCCCAACAGGGAGGUGUACUGUUCCAUCUCUGAUUGUCCUGCACCACACUGUGUCAACCCUACAUAUGAGCCCAUCCACUGCUGUCCUGUCUGCUACACUGGGCCCAACUGUUUUGUGGGCGACAGAGUGAUCUCGGCAGGGGAGCGGGUAGAGAUAGACGAGCAGACCGUGUGUUACUGCACCUACCGGGACGGCACCUGGCAGAUGCAACCCCAUGCCACCUGCGAGCAGCGCCCGCUGCCAGACCCCGAUCUCAACCAUGUCCCCAACCCCAGCCCCUCUGAGCCCCCCGGGGAAGACGAGACCAAGCAGAUGGACAGGGACUUCCGCCCCAGGCUGGACUGGAUCCCGUGAGCAGGCAGGAGGGUGGGGGUGAGAGGAUAGUAGUGUGCCAAGGGGAAACGGGGAGAUGAUGGGGCAGGUUGUUUUCCGUGCCCUGCUGAGUGCAGUCUGCAUAGGGCUUAGGGCCAGGGAUGACCUACUAUACCACAUUAUACAACCACAACAACAUUACUAGCUAGUAGUGUUUGUGCAACAUUACAUAAAACUUUGCACACAGGGACCACAAUAUAUGGUGCACAUUCAAGACAAUACACAACUAUAACACAUAGUUUCGUGACAUGAAUUUGUCUCCAUUUUCCUUCACUUGCAGUAGUCUCUGGUUUUGUCGUCAAAGGGCUGGUGUAAGUGGACACUUAGGGUUAGAGAUGGUUGCAACAUUCACCCUUCUAUUAAUCUCAGGUUUACACGUUCAUUUGUGCCCAUUAACUUUGCUCUGUAUGUUUCUCUGACUAGUGUUAAGUUUCUUUAAUCUUAUUGAUAUCCUUCUCAGAAUUGUUCUAAUGCUAAAAUGUAAAUGUACCCUUUCCAGAUGUUCUGUAUGUAAAUGUACUUGUGGUUCUAUGAAGUGUAGCUUUGAAGAGCAUAUUAUCAAAUAAAGACUCAUGGGCGGCGCACAAUUGGCCCAGCGUCGUCCAGGGUAGGGGAGGGAAUGGCCGGCAGGGAUGUA